ACGACGGAGCGGUUCAACGCAUGACGGCGAUCGAACCGCAGCAAGAUCCGUGACGGCUACGGGUCGCGAGUCGCUCGACCUUGCGAAUGCCGAGUCUCUCGAGUACGAGUAUGACGCUACUGCCAACCGGCGGUGGCUGUGGAUGGAACUACGGGACAUGCGACGCCACUUCAACCUGUUGCGACGCCGCCUUUGAAUGUGUCACAGACGCACCGGCUGUUGCCCGCUGCCGCCCCAAGCUGCCACCGAUCGACUUCCUUCUCAACGAUCUGCGCGCAUGGAAGCAAUGUGGUGGCGGCGAGUUUGACGGAGACGAGAGCUGCGCCGACGGCUGGAGCUGCUACGCGUGGAACCAGUGGUUUUCCGAGUGCGUGCCAUGGAAUGCCACGACGACGGAAUCACCGCCCGCUCCACCAACCAUCGCGGCCAUCCAGAGACCCAGCAUCCAGCCGCCAACGCCAAGCCAGGUAUGGUUUGGCCCUUCCGCGACACCUGGCGUCGUCCAAACAAGUGCGCCACCCACGUCUGUUUCGCCGCGACCGUCGUCACCGCCGCCAACGAUUGCCCCGUCGGUGGCGCCACGACCAACCACCAAACGCCCACCGACACCAACGCCGUUGGCGACGCCUCGCGCUACGUCAUCGCCGCCAACGACGGCUCCGACGGUGGCACCACGACCAACCACCCGACAGCAACCGCCGACGUCCCCACUUCUGCGAUCGACAGUGUUUUCAGACUAUGCUAUCUUUACGGCUGCCGGAUCAGUCCUCACCGAGUACUAUGCGAGCAUCUACGUGUCGCCCUUUGCCUUUGUGGCGAAUGCGAAAUGGACCUACACGGUCGACACGGGGGCGCUCGCCGUCGGGAGCAACGGCCAGUGCCUUGCGUACCAGCGCACGUCGGACGGACGCUAUCGUGUGCAGACGCUUCUGUGCGACGCAGGGCAGAGCAGCCAAGCAUGGCGCAUCGACUUUCGAACGUAUCGCAUCGUACAGCGGAACCUGGGUCUUUGCUUGGAUAGCCCAGUCGCGGGUGUGACGCUUGCACCGUGCAACACGGGCACGACGACGCAGUGGGUUCGUCUCGCGGCGCCAAGUGAGUUUUAUGCCCAUACCGACUUUGUAAACCAAGACGUCGCGUCGACGCCAGUGGGUGCUGCCAUCGACUGCGUCGGCAAGUGUGGCGCGAUGGACGCGUGUGCGGCCGUCGUGUGGACCAGUACGCCCACCGGUGGCAUGUGCUGGCUCAAGUCGGGCUAUCGGUCGCCCGUCGUGAGCAACGGGGCAACCGCAGUCGUGUUGACGCCGCCGUCGCUGGCCGUGUGCCAACUGCUGACGCUCGAUGUCGGCAUCGACUAUGUCGGCUACGACAUCGGCUCCGUGUAUGCGGACACGCCAACCGACUGUUGCGCGCCGUGCACGGCCAUGGCCAACUGCAACGCCUUCAGUUGGGCGGACCGUACGUGCUACCUCAAGAACGCACGCAUGGUAACCUCGGCCAAUGCGGCGGUGACGUCCGCCCGCGUCCGCAAGUGCUCAAGUCUCCAAGACAACGUUGAUUUUGUGGGCUUUGACAUCGGGUCGGCAGUGGCGGUGGCGGCCGAGGACUGUUGCAGUCUGUGCCGAAACAACUGGACGUGCCAAGCCUAUGUAUGGAGCAACGACAAUGGCGGCACAUGCUGGCUCAAGUCGGCGCGCGGCGCAGCGCAGACAAAGGCUGGUGUUCGCUCGUCCCUCGUUCUCUUUUAAACGCACCAGGUUUCAUGCUCGUCGUUCAAAUAUGCAGCAGUUUUCAUGUUGUUCACUCGGUUUCUUGUUUAUAAACACAAAACGAC